UUACAUUGAGAAGUGUAAGAAAAGAGGCCACUCAAUAGUUGAAUGAAAAAACGAAGUGAAGUUGAUAUUCCUUUGGCGCGUGGCUGGCAUUGCUGUUAAUACAACAAGGACAGAACCAUAGCACAUUGUAUAGCAAAGUUGUUGAAUGGUUUAGUAUCGGGACACUUUCAGAGAAACAUAAGGAUAGGACUGCUGACGAAUAGCUGUAGUUCAUCUAACGAAGACCAAAGUUCAGUUUGUAAACGGGCAAAAUUCGACAGAUCUUUCGCCAAAUGGAAUACACCACAUUUGGGGAUUACUGAUCAAGUGUUAGCACUUGGGCUGAUGCUGAUACGAUAGCUUACUUCUGCAGCGCUGUCAUUCCUGACUCCAAUUUUGUGAUCCGCGUCAGUAGCGAAUGAAACCGUGAUUCGAAUACCGACUGCCAGUGUCUUCGUACGAGUGUGAGGAGAGGUUAGGGGAGCGGAGUAGCUGCAUCCUGUGUGCAGGACUCAUUGGUGGCAAUUAGAUUCAAGUGAUUACCGUUUUGGUGCUGAUCCAGAGCCUUGAAAGACGGUUUAGCUGCCGUAAAGGCUUUAACAUUGACGGUAUUGAGGACGUAGACUCGGGAAGCGACGGUAUGUUUCGAGGGAUUCAAGAGGAUUACUUCAAUAUUGCCGAACCUUUCAAGGGCAGAUAAAUUAGCUCGUUCAAGAUACACAAUAACAACUUCAUUAUGAAGCCAGGACUGAUGCCAACCCAGUUGAAUGGGGUGGGGAUCCUGUGGGGUGUCCUCUCCCUGCUAGGCUGCGCCGCAUCCUCCGUGGGGUUCUACCUGCCCUACUGGCUGAAGGGGACAUUACGGAACGAAACCGUGUCCUAUCUGGGGACAUUCAGAAGGUGCAACUACCCCAUCCUGACCAAGACCGGGGACGUCCGGAUUAUCAUGGAAUGUGGCCGCUAUACGACUUUUGAUGAUAUUCCCAGCCUUUGGUGGCAACUGACGACAAUAGUUUUGGGGGUAGGAUGUGGAUUGUCUGUCCUUAUUGCAUUUGUUAUUCUAUUUGGAUGUUGUCUUGCUGACGUUUUUGGGAAAGCUUCGGCGAAAGUUAGCGGGAUAGUGCAGCUCCUGGCAGCUGUGCUUAUCGGCGGAGGCUCUGCUUUAUAUCCAUAUGGUUGGACCAAUCCAGAAGUGUUUCAGAUCUGCGGGCCAGGGGCUGCGCCAUAUAAUUUAGGCGACUGUCAGCUGUGGUGGGCGUUCUACCUCACCGUGAGUGGUGCCGGCCUCACACUGUUCUGCUCGCUCCUUUCUUGCUGCAGCAUCAAGUACGCCAGGGUCAAGAAGAGAAAACGGUACAACGCAGGAUACGGACUAUGAGGAUUUCAUAUUUGACUUUGUGGAAACCAAUUUCAGAAGUGGCCUAUUUUGCAUUUGCACAAAGAAUGAGGAAUUGUACAUAUCGGUUGCUACACGAUAACUUGCUGAGAGAUGCAACGAAUGAGCAUGUAGAUCGUAUGGUUUUCUGAGACAGUUGUCAGAGGCAGUUGGUGAUCGUCGGUUUCGUCCCGCCAUCGUUUUCGUCGUAACGGUCUCCGCGGGGCCAUCACUUUUUGAGCACAUCCGGUAGACUUCACGAAGGAGAUGGGUUCAAGGCAUGCCAGAUGUGCAGGGGAAAAACCGGCGCCAUUCUUCUUGGCCAGCACUGGCCAAGUCACUCAGAUUACGUGAUGCACGGCUUCAACCUGUGCAUUUCGAGCUGCAAACAUUUCGAGCGCAGCGUCAUCUCACGGGAGUCGUUUACAUUAGGCCUAUUUCAAAUUCCUUUCAGUUGGGUUUGAUUCAUAAUAAAUCGACCGUCUGUGCGUUUUGUAUUUUCACGUAGCUUUUUCAAGUCUUUUACAUGCGCUUCAAACUUUGUAACAAUAAUGCUAAUAAAGUAUAUAUUUAUUCUUUAGA